CUUGCCUCGCUCCUCCUUCCACAUACAACGCCUCCGCGCACAACAACUCCAAAGUAAUACCCAUUGUACUCAGUCCAUUCACAAUCACACAUCAAGAUGAGUCUUACGGCCUCGCUCCACACGCCAUCCACUGGCAAGUACGAACAGCCCACGGGAUUGUUCAUCAACAACGAAUGGGUCAAGGGCGUCGACGGCAAGACCUUCGAGACCAUCAAUCCCUCCACCGAGGAGGUUAUCUGCUCCGUCCACGAGGCCACCGAGAAGGAUGUCGAUAUCGCCGUAGCUGCUGCCCGCAAGGCGUUCGAGGGUUCGUGGCGGAAGGAGACACCAGAGAACCGCGGCAAGUUGCUGGUCAACCUCGCCAACCUGAUCGAGAAGAAUAUCGACCUCUUGGCUGCCGUCGAAUCUCUUGACAAUGGCAAGGCCAUCGGGAUGGCAAAGGUUGACGUCAGCAUGGUUGCUGGCUGCUUAAGAUACUAUGGAGGCUGGGCCGAUAAGAUCGAGGGAAAGGUUAUCGACACCAACUCUGAUACCUUUGCAUACACCAGACAAGAACCCAUUGGUGUUUGCGGUCAAAUCAUCCCCUGGAACUUCCCACUGCUCAUGUGGGCGUGGAAGAUUGGCCCCGCUGUUGCCACCGGUAACACCGUUGUUAUCAAGACUGCUGAGCAGACUCCUCUUUCAGCUCUCGUUGCUGCAAACUUGAUUAAGGAGGCAGGUUUCCCACCAGGAGUCAUCAACAUUAUCUCUGGCUUCGGAAAGAUUGCAGGUGCUGCCCUCUCUUCUCAUAUGGAUGUUGACAAGAUUGCCUUCACUGGUUCCACUGUCGUCGGUCGUCAAAUCAUGAAGGCUGCUGCCGGCUCCAACUUGAAGAAGGUUACUCUUGAGCUCGGAGGCAAGUCACCAAACAUCAUCUUCAACGAUGCCGAUAUUGAGAAUGCCAUCUCCUGGGUCAACUUCGGUAUCUUCUUCAACCACGGCCAAUGCUGCUGUGCUGGUUCCCGUGUUUAUGUCCAAUCUGGUAUUUACGACAAGUUCGUUCAGCGGUUCAAGGAGCGUGCCACUGCCAACAAGGUCGGUGACCCAUUCGCUGCCGACACCUUCCAAGGCCCACAAGUUUCGCAACUUCAAUAUGAUCGAAUCAUGGGCUACAUCGAAGAAGGCAAGAAGUCUGGUGCUACGGUUGUCACCGGUGGUGAGCGUCACGGCGACAAGGGAUAUUUCAUCCAACCCACCAUCUUCUCCAACGUCACCGAGGACAUGAAGAUCAUGCAAGAAGAAAUCUUCGGCCCUGUCUGCUCUAUUGCCAAGUUCGAGACUGAGGAGGAGAUCAUCAAGACUGGUAACAACACCACCUACGGUCUUGCCGCCGCUGUCCACACCCAAAACCUCAACACCGCCAUCCGUGUCUCCAACGCUCUCCGUGCUGGUACCGUCUGGGUCAACCAAUACAACAUGCUCCACCACCAGAUCCCAUUCGGUGGAUACAAGGAGUCAGGUAUCGGACGGGAACUCGGCGAGGCUGCGUUGGCCAACUACACUCAAACCAAGUCUGUUUCCAUCCGCUUGGGUGAUGCUCUUUUCGGUUAAUAAGCUGGGUGUUGGUAAUGAAAGGGAACGAAUCCACAUAUGUAUUAUGAAUACUUUUGCUGAAGCGGUGCUCAGUACUCCGAAAUAAAAAUAAAUGCCACUAGACUACAUGAUCUUGCCCUUCCAGUCUUGUCAGUCCUUGCGUCUGCCAAGUGCCUGUCUGCUUUCCCAGCCACCGAUUAAAAUGUCUCACCUGACCUGGGCUGUUGUGCAAGGAUCACGAUAAGCUGGUGUGCCAGCUCGUCGACAAUCACGGCAGU